AUGUCUAAGGUACCCAUGCCAGACCUGUCCGAUGAGUCUAGCUUCUACGGUUCAGAAGGGGAGACGGCACGUCUGGAGGAGGAGGUAGCCAACUUCGACACCGAGCAUUAUUGGAGCACCGUACACCGAUAUUCCUACAACACCAUAAAAUAUAAUGUCCUUGCAGCCCGAGAAAUCGUGCCCUCAGCAUCAUCCCCAGCCCCAGAACUAGAGGCAUCAGACGUAGUCCAACCAAUGGACAUAUCAACUCCCGAACUCUCGAGUGUACCCCCAUCAACACCGAUCCCCACCCACGACUUUGACGUUCCCAUCUCAAGCACAGACACGACCCCAGUCAGACCCAACCGCCCUUCGCCUAACGAACCCAUCUCAUCUUUCCUGGCCCGUCUACGCCCCUCAUCUACCCUGUCCACAUCCCCCACGGGGUCCUGGAUUUACACAACUAGCUAUAGCUAUGAGCAGCCACGAGCAGAUCUCAAGAAGCUAGUGGCAGACGGGACGAAGGCACUCAAAGCCCACGAAGAAGCAAUCGCCCAGGUGCGGGCCGAACACGCUAAAAAGCCAAAGAAGAAGCAGACGCCGGCUGCGCUGACGCGCGAACUCACCCAACAUCGUAAAGACCUCGAAAACACACUCUUCAAUCUGGCCAGGCAGACGAAUGUCGUUUCUGGCAAGUGGCUGUUGUUCGUCUUACCAGAGAAGGUCGAUGAGGUGUGGGGGAUAGUGGCUGAGGCUACGGCGAAAGGGGAGCUGGGGUUCGGGGCUAAGGUUGCUACUGCUGCUGUCGCCGCCGAUGAUGAUAAUGCGAAGAAGGCGAGGUUGAUUGCUAUCUAUACGAAGGAUUAUGAGGACAGAGCAGAUGUGGAGAGAGUAUUGAGGAAGAUGGCGGCGUUGAAGCUGGUGGAUUUGGAUGGACGACCUGUUUAUUAUAAGUGUGAUGCAUAUACGCAUUUGGAUAUUAGGGGGGGUAAUGAGUGGGGGUUGAGGGGAAGUAUGUACUCGAGUCGGGAUUUUGGAAAGAAGUAG